AUGCCACGCGCGCCCCAGUGCCGAGCCGUGCGCGCGCUCCUGCGCAGCCGCUACCUCGAGGUGCUGCCGCUGACCACGUUCGUGCGGCCGGGACCGGCGGCCUUCCGCGCUCUGGUGGCCCAGUGCCUAGUGUGCGUGCCCUGGGACGCAUAGCCGCCCCUCGCCGCCCUCUCCUUCCGCCAGGUGUCCUCUCUGAAAGAGCUGGUGGCCAGGUUCGUGCAGAGGCUCUGCGAGUGCGGCGCGAAAAACGUGCUGGACUUCGGCUUCGCGCUGCUGGACGGCGCCCGCGGCGGCCCGCCCUGGGCUUUCACCACCUGCGUGCGCAGCUACCUACCCAACACGGUGACCGAGACGCGGUGCGGCAGCGGCACGUGGGGGCUGCUGCUGCACCGCGUAGGCGACGACGUGCUCGUGGACCUGCUGGCGCGCUGCGCGCUCUACCUGCUGGGCCCGAGCUGCGCCUACCAGGUGUGCGGGCAGCCUUUGUACGAGCUCGGCACCACGGGCCCCGCGGCCACGCGACAGGUUCGGAACAGCAGCGGUGGCGAGGCCUGGGCGCCCCUGGGCUCACCCGCCUACAGUUCAGGGCGCGGGCCUUUUGCGGCCUGCGCCGUGACACCUGCCGAGCGUUUGGAGACCACGCCCUCCAGGGCAUCCGAGGGAGUGGACUGCAAGCGGGAGCCCGGCCGCUCCGCCGCCCGGCGGUCACCGGGUCCGCAGGCUCAGGUGUACUCGGAGAUCAAGCGCUUCCUCCACUGCCCGGGCGACGGCGAGCGGCUGUGCGCAUCUUUCCCACUCAGCUCCCUGUGGCCCAGCCUGGCGGGUGCCCGGAGGCUGCUGGAGGGCAUCUUCCUGCGCUGGACGCCGAGUUCCGGGGGUAGCCUCAGGCUGCGCUGGCUGUCCCCGCGCUACUGGAGGAUGCGGACCCUGUUCCAAAAGCUGCUUGCGAACCACGCAUGGUGCCCAUACGGCGCGCUCUUCCGGAUGCUGCGGGGGCCGGCUACGCAGGUGUGGUCCCCGAGGCUGGCCGCCGACCCCCGGAAGGAAGCGGGCUCCUGGCGCCUGGUGUGGUUCCUGCAGCAGCACAGCGUGGCAGGUGCACGCAUACCUGCGGGCGUACGCCGCCUGGUGCUCCCUGGCCUCUGGGGCUCCAGGCACAAGGAGCGCUGCUUCCUGAGGAACACGAAGUUCAUCUCGCUGGGGAAGCACUCCAAGCUCUCGCUGCAGGAGCUGACCUGGAAGGUGAGGGUGCGGAGCCCAGGUGAGUGGGCGUCGGCCAAUGGCGUGGCAACAUCCCGGGCCGUGGAGCAUCGACUGAGGGAGGGGAUCCUGGCCAGGUUCCUGUUGUGGCUGCUGGACGCCUGCAUGGUGGGGCUGCUCAGGUCCUUCUUCUAUGUUGAGGAGACCACGUUCCAGAAGAACCGGCUCCUCUUCUACUGCAGGAGCGUCUGGAGCAGGCUGCAAAGUGUGGGCAUCACAUGUUACAGGCGGCACCUGGAGCAGGUGCGGCUGUGGGAGCUGUCAGACGCAGAGGUCCAGCAGCAGGCCAGGUUGGCCCUGUCCUCGGCCAGACUGCACUUCAUCCCCAAGCCCAGAGGCCUGAGGCCCAUCGUGAACACAGACUCCAUGGUGAGAGCCAGAACAUUCUGCAGGGAGAAGGCCCAGCCCUGGACCUCGCACAUCCAGACACUGUUCAGCAUGCUCAACUAUGAGCAGGCGCAGUGGCCUGGCCUGCUGGGUGCCUCUGUGCUGGGCUCCACCAGGAGUCCCUGGAGACCGCAGCUGACCCAGCCCUGA